CUUCUCUUUCUCUCUCAACCCCUUUUGGCUAAGAAGAGAUAAGGCAUUAAAAAAGAGAGAAUUGCAUCCACCACAAGCUCAUGAUGGUCUCCUCCCAGAGCAGAUACAGUAUGAUCUGACCUUCUAAACCAUCAGAAUUACCAAUAUGAAUAUCUCUACACUCAAAUUCCAAAUCCACCUACCAAAACCCAACUCGGCUCCAAACCAUCCUCUUCUGCUCCUUACCAAUUCCUCAACAUUUCACAGAAAACAAUCCAUUAAUUUCUCAAGAACACCCUCAAAAAUCCGUAAACAAACUAUUGGGUACCCUUCAAAAGAGUCUCUCGCAGAAAACCCUAGUCUGAUUUCGGUCCAAGAACCCCAAAAGGAGGAAUCUUUGGAAGAUUCUGCAAAUGGGUAUAUGGUGUUUGGAGGGUUUGCGGUGGCGGUGGUGAUGGGGAUGAUGAUGAUGAUGGGAGAUGAGAAGGCUUUGGCUCUGGGUCCUGAAGGGCCGUUAGUGGAGGAGUUUUGGGAUAAUGUGAGGAGAUAUGCGCUGUAUGCACUUACUGUAAGUACUGGUGCUGUUUAUACCAUCGCCAAGCCAAUCUUUGAGUUGUUGAAGAACCCAAUUUCUGCAAUUUUAAUCUUGGCAAUCAUGGGGGGUUCCCUUUAUCUUGUUUCUCAAAUCCUAUCUGCCAUGGUUGGUGUCACUGAUUUCAGUUAUGAUUAUGCCCAGUAAUUGAUUAAUUAGCAAUGUAUUCCUUUUUUUUUUUUUUGUCUACAGAAUUGAUUAAUUAGCAAUUUUCUUGUGAAGCAGAGCUCUCUUUCUCUGCAUAUGUAUAUAUAUGUCUUGUUAUGUUGAUAAAAUAGAUAUAAAUCUGAACACCAUACAGGAAUAAUUUGGGCCAUGAGGUAGAAAAUAUGAGAAGCCAGCGCAUGCCCAGGAUCCAAAAGUUGAAACCCAAUUUACCACAAACCCUCUGCUAAUAAUAUUAGUAGAAGAAAACAAGAGCAGCAAAAA